UGGAGAGAGUCUAAUCCAGUACUCCAUCCCAUGUUUUCCUCCCCUCACUCUCUGCUGGGGUGAUUACUUCACUUCACUCUAGCUUAGCUUGGUCCCCAGAGAAGCUCACAUACACUUCCCAACACAUGUUCACACACACUCAUACCCAGAGUUCCAGUGGUCUGGCAUGGAGGUGCUGGCGCUGACUCUCAGCAGCUAACUCAGAGCAGCUUGGAUGGAGCACUGCAAUGUGUUGGAUGGAGAACCUGUGAACUUACUGCAUCAUCCUGCACUGACUGCAAAUUUCAGCAGACUGCUUUACAAUGGAGUUUGAAAGAGUUUGGUCCAGAUAUCAGAGGACAGUGCUGAUCACCAUGAUGAUGUUCAAACUGGGCCUUCUGUGUACAGUGGCAGCAGACAAGUGUCUCUCAUCUCCCUGCAACAACGGUGCCACAUGCCUUGAACAAUUGGGUGACUAUGUGUGUCUGUGUCCCAAAGAACCAGUGCGGUAUAUGGGGAAAAACUGUGAUGAGCUGUAUGAUCCCUGUAUCGUGGCACCUUGCGCCAACUGUACCAGCACACUUGGCACUGAUGAGCUCAUGUGCCACUGCCCAGAUGGCUUCUCAGGGCUCAACUGCAGCCAGGAUAUAGAUGAAUGUCAGAGUAACCCCUGUGAUGGUGUAAAGUCCCACUGUGUCAACAGAGUCAGUGGUUAUUCCUGCCACUGUACCAUUGGAUUAGGAGGGGAAAACUGCCAGAAAAACGUGACCACUUGUUCAGAGGAAACAUGCCAGAAUGGUGGGACUUGUAUAGACAUUCCUGACAUUGGGCACCAGUGUAACUGUGCUGCUGGGUACGAGGGGAUGAACUGUGAGAAGAACACUGAUGAAUGCCAGUCUGAGCCCUGUCAGAAUGGCGCCAUCUGUAGAGACGGGGUCAAUGCCUACCAGUGCUUCUGUGUGCCUGGAUUUCAAGGCUACCACUGUGAUUUGGACAUCAAUGAAUGUGCCUCCCGACCCUGUAAAAACAAUGGCACGUGUCUGGAUGAAGUGGAUCACUACAGGUGCAACUGCACUCCAGGCUUCAAAGGGAUUAACUGCGAGGUGGAGAUCGAUGAGUGCGAGGUACAGCCCUGCCAGAACGGCGCCACGUGUCGAGACCACAUUGCCUCUUACACAUGUGAGUGCGUGGCUGGCUUCCAGGGCCAAGACUGCGAGGUCAAUAUUGAUGAAUGUGCCAGCAUGCCCUGUCUGAAUGAGGGCUGGUGCAUAGACAAGGUCAACAGCUAUGAAUGUGACUGUGAGGGGACAGGCUUUUUUGGUGACCACUGUGAAGAGGAUAUUCCUGAAUGUGCUUCUGACCCCUGCCAGCAUGGAGCCACCUGCUUGGAGGGAAUCAACAAGUACAAGUGCCUCUGCUGGCCAGGUUAUGAGGGAGAAAACUGCCAGGUGGAUAUAAAUGAGUGUGAGCAACAACCCUGUGAGAACGGUGGUGAAUGUUUCCAACGUUCAGAUAUCCUGAACUACAGGAAGCUGCCUGAGCUCAGCACAGCUGAUUUCACCUAUAAAGAGGCAGCAGGCUUCAUCUGCCACUGUGUGCUAGGCUUCACAGGAGACAUCUGCUCAGUCAAUGUGGAUGAGUGUGAGUCUGCACCCUGUCAGCAUGGAGGAAGCUGCCAGGAUCUGGUCAACUCUUAUCGGUGUGUGUGUCCAGCCGGCUUCAUAGGCACACACUGUGAGGUGGACGUCAACGAGUGUGACAGCUAUCCCUGCCAAAAUGGCGCCAUGUGUGAAGAUGCUGCCAACUCCUAUAGGUGUCACUGUCCUAUGCCAGAGCCUGGCCAGGAACCCUGGGGGGGGCGGGAUUGUGACGUACGCCUGUUUGGCUGCCAACAUCACCAAUGUCAGCAUGAAGCAGGUUGUGUCCCCUUGCUGACUGAUGAUGGAGAGCACAACUACACCUGCCUGUGUCCACCCGGUUGGACGGGAGAGCACUGCACCACUUCUACCACCUUCUCCUUUAACUCAGAGGGCUAUGUCCAUAUACAGCUACCUGUUCCCAAACACAGAACUAUGCGAGAGACUGAUGACCAUAAUCACGAGCUCUAUGUGCAGUUUCGAUUUAAGAGUACUCUGCCCGACAUGUUGCUGUACUACCAGGGCACCAUGGAGGAUUUCUUCUCCCUAGAGCUUGUUCAUGGUUCCCUCCAGGCCAGGGUGAAGUCAGGUAAAGUACUGCAGGUUGUUUAUCCUGGCCCCAUCAAUGAUGGAGAAUGGCACCAGGUCACUAUGACCAUGAAUGAGAGCCUGGUUAUCAUUGUAAAAGGGCUUGGCUGUGAGGACGGCUGCCUAGUGAAGAAUGAGAGCAACAACCAUCUCCUCUUCCUCCAGCACACCUCCUUUCAACAGUUGUAUAUAGGAGGGGCACCACAUGAAUAUUUAGGUCACACAUACAGCAGGAGGGGGUUUAUUGGCUGUAUGGAAGAUCUUUAUGUUGACCAUAAGCUGCUACUGCCUCAGGAUCUCAUCAGAGAGGAGAACCAGGGCUUGGAACUGGGAUGUACCAAAAAAGACUGGUGUCAGGAGGACCCAUGUAUGCAACAUGGGCAAUGUGUGGACAUGUGGGUUCGUGCCAGUUGUCAGUGUUACCAACCAUACUAUGGAGAAAACUGUGAGAAAGAGUACCCAUCCUGGACCUUUGGCCAUGAGAACACCACCAGCCACUUCGCCUUCAACAUCUCAGAAAACCACGGAGAAAACUUUACCAUUUCCUUUAUAGUGCGCUCCCAUAAACACAGUGGUCUGCUCCUGCAGCUCCACCGAGGAGGAACACCAUACCUGACAGUCUAUCUAAAGGAAGGCACUGUUGCUAUUUACAGCCCUCACACCACACUGCGAUCAGAGGCCGAGUCUGUAACUGAUGGCAAAAAUAAUUUGGUGACCUUAAGGUUACGCUAUGGCCACGUAGUCUUCCCCAAAGCAGGGGACCGUCGUGCCUUAGGAAAUGUGAGUGUAGAGGCAGGGGAUGUGGCAUAUGUUGGAGGGCUCCCUGCAGGCAUGAGCAUGAACGCAUGGGGAGGACACUUCAAGGGCUGCUUGCAAGACAUUCAGCUGGACCACAAGCAUCUGACCACUGAGGAUCAUCCAGAGGGGGUGGAGGUUUACCAGGCAAGCGCAGUAGAGAAUGUAUUGCCCGGAUGUCAAAGUGAUGACACAUGCAAGGAUGAGCCCUGUUUCAAUGCUGGACAGUGUCAGGUCACCUGGAAUGACUUCAAGUGUAACUGUUCCAUUAACUACUCAGGCCGGCUUUGUGAAACACGUCUGUGGUGCGUCGACAACCCUUGUUUCAAAGGAGCACACUGUGUCGAGCUGCAGGAUGGUUAUGAGUGUUUAACUGAGGCCAAUUUUCAGGAUAACUCCCUCCAGUAUGCUGCCAACAGCUCCCUGCUGAGUCCUGUAACCAACAUCACCAUGAACAUAAGAACACGGGACGAGAACGGUGUCUUGCUGCGGGCCACCAGCAGAGCUGAGGUCUUCUGCCUGGGUCUGCUUAACUCCUCCCUGCUGGUCAAACUGGGCAGCGGGGCAAAUUCAGAGCUGCUGGCCUUCACAAGUGACAGGACAAUUGCAGAUGGAGUGUGGCACCACAUCCUGCUGACUAUGGUUGACCCAGUGCAGUUGACAUCUCGCUGGAGCCUUUCAGUGGAUGGGCAGAGAGUGGGUGUCAGCUUCAAUGUCGGUGGCAACCUCAACUUUCUUAAUGAUACUAAGAUCUGGCUGGCUGAGAACUACACUGGCUGUUUAGGGGAGGUGAGAGUGGGUGGAGUCUACCUGCCUCUCAUUAAUGUACCAGAACCCCCCCAGGUGAGCCGGUUCUCCAUACUGGGUGGACAUGAGCCAAUUAUAGGAUGCCAAGGUGCACCAGUCUGUGAUUCCCAACCCUGCCUCAACGAGGGUGUGUGUCAGGACCAGUUUUAUGAGUUUAACUGCAGCUGCAGCUCAGGCUGGGAGGGGAUGCUGUGUGAGACAGAGAUAAAUGAGUGUUCCUCAGGUCCCUGUGUGUACGGUUUAUGUAAAGACCUCCUGGCGGACUACCAGUGUAACUGUGAGCCUGGAUACAAAGGGAAGAACUGUCAGGAGGAGGUGGAUAACUGUCUGGAGUUCAGCUGUGUGAAUGGAGGAACCUGUGUGGAAAGUCAUACAUGUUCCUGUCCUCCUGGCUACAUCGGCAAGCGCUGCCAGUGGCGCUUCCCUCCAGUGGCAUGUGAUGCAAAAACAGAGUGUCUCAAUGGAGGGGUGUGUAUAGGAGGUGACUCUGGAGGAAACUGCACUUGCAAGCCUGGGUACACUGGAGCCAGGUGUGAGACAGAAAUAGACGAAUGUGAGUCCAACCCUUGUCUCAAUGAUGCCACCUGUCGGGACAGACUCAAUCACUUCCAGUGUGUGUGCAUGCCAGGCUUCAGUGGCAAACACUGUGAGAGCAAUAAAGAGGAGCAUAAGGAGCGAGUUCCUUGGCUGCUGGUGACUAUCCCUCUGACCACGCUGUGUGUGUUACUGGCCACGUUGGUGGUGUUCUUCCUCAUCACGUUGGCUCGGAAGAAACGUCAGUCAGAGGGCACAUACAGCCCCAGCUCACAGGAGGUGGCUGGUGCCAGGUUGGAGAUGGGCAGUGUCCUCAAAGUGCCUCCAGAGGAGAGGCUAAUCUGAGGCCUGUAGACUUUCCUCACAGCCUUACAUCCAGUGGAUGUAUAUAACAUAUGUUAAGGGCUUUCCUGCCCUACAUGGAAAUAAUGGCGUAUAAGCCAAUGACUGAUCCUCUGCCUGGAAAAACUACUGAGGUUAAUGCAUCAGAGGUGGACCAAAAACCAGAGGCUGAGAGAGCCGUGCUUUUGAUUUCUCAGGCUGUCCUGUUAGCAGGAGUGUGAUCAAUGGCUAAACUGACUCUGGAUUUGUCCUUGUAAGCUUGAGUGUUGAUGACAAACUCAAUCUUGAUUUGCAUGGGAUCCUGUGAGGAGCACUGAAGAAAAGCUCCAGUUUAUUGAGAAACAAGUUCAAAUGGGCUGAAACUGAAUUUCUCUCACAUCCUUUAUACAGACAUGUAAAGGCAAAGACUGUAAGUCAUUGUUUAUGGUUUUGGAAAGCAAAACCUCAUUUGAAUUCAAAAUCUUCCUCUGUAGAUUAUAAAAAGGAAUGUAUAGAGGGAGAAACACACAUUUGAAACAAAUUCUGUCAAACUAUAGUUUCAUUUGCAUGCAUAUAAAUUGCAUAAUUUUAUCGGGGGAGCCCCUUCUUCAUCAACAUAUGCCUUGUAGUAAUGUUUCUUACAUAUACUGUGAGAGGGUGUGGGGUUAAGUGUGAAACCUUUUAGAGACACCCACUAAUUUGGUUUGCGAGAAGAGGCUGUGAGAUGUGCAAAGGCAGGAACUCUGGCUUUCACUGACUUGAGGUCCCUUGGUAAGGGAAACCUGUAUGACUUCUUCUGUGGUUUCACCACCUGAAUUCCUGAUUUUUAAAAAACAUUGAUAGCAAAUUUAUGUUUCAAAAUUUUUUGUCUAGAGGAAUGACACAAACCUCCUGUUCUCCUAGAAUCACAGUCAAAAUUUGUGAAUUCAUACAUUGUUUGUUGUCACAGGCACCGGUGCUUUAUAAAAUAUGUCCACAAGAAAAUACUAUUCCUAAAUUGAAAGCAGUAUUCUUUAAUCAUGUGCCUGCAGAUUUUCAUUAAUCCCGACUCCACCGGCUUCUGUCAAUAAGUUGUCCUUCCUUAUCUUAACUGCUACAGUCUUAACAUUGAGUCAAAACCUGCUGUGUUAAUAAUUGCUGUAUUAUAUUGUCGUUGUGCACUGUAUAGCUCAACAAGUUAACCUCUUUGCCCAGACUCUCUUACUAUGUAAGUAUGCAGUGAGUGUUGUAGACAUGUCUAUGUGUGUGUAACGCACUGCAAAGGUUGAAAUCACUGUAUUUUCUUUUUCUAAUAUCCUCAAAUUGUAUUUAAUUGUAGAAAUCUUUGUGUUGCUUAAAGGUGGUCACAUCAGUAUUUGUGAUCAGAAAUAAAAACAUGUUCCUUUGCUACUUGAAUUGUAGCUAAUUUCAAGGAAUAAUUCAACAUUGCUGGAAAUAUAACUAUUUAAAUUCUUUCCAAGUGUGAGACCUACUGUAUCUCUCUGUGUGUUAAAUACAGAGCUGGAGGCAGAAUAUACUUUGUCUAGCUUAACAUAAAGACUGGGCCCAGGGGCAGCAGCGAACUUGGCACUUUCAGGGUGAAAAAGAAAGCACCAAUGCCUCUAAAAUGUAAUGAUAAACAUAUUAUAUCUCACUUGUUUAAUCUGUACACACACACACACACACACACACACACACACACACACACAAUGUAAGUGUGAUCAUUUGUAAUAAUAGGGGAAGUAUGUCUUGGCAAACAGCAGCUGGGUGCACUGUGAGGUUGCCAGCUUUGGUUCAGUCAUAGCAGAAAUUCAAACCAGUCUUCAAAGACUGCUUUUUUUUUUGAAAAACUGCAUAAUAGUCAGAAAUAGUCUUGCACAGAAAUACUGGGUGAAUGGAUAAAAUGUUAUUCACCAAGUUCUACUGCAUGCUAUGGCUAAAAGCACAAGUUUUAAUUUUUCUAUUUCUGGUUGUGUACAGAUUAAACAAACAGUAUAAAAUGUGUAACUUCGUGUGUAACAUCGUGUACCUUUCAGGUAUUCCUGACUCCUGCUCUGCACUGACACACAGACAAGAGACUGAUAUUCAUCCUCUCAUUUAACUCUCAGAGAAAAAGCAAAUAUGUCUGCUGUUUCAAUUAGUUAAAACAUAUCGACUAUUUUCCAUUCUCUAAUCUUAUGAAGCUGAUCGAGAUAAACCACCUUUUUUGUUCACAUAUACUGACCACACUGCCUUUGAGCUGAAGAGUAACAUAAAGGUUUUUCCAUUUGAGUAAAAAAUGCUUAAACUAAGAAUUAGACCUCAAAACCUGAUUCAGCUGUACUCACAUCUGUCCUCCAGGACGUUCCACUGCUAACUUGCCUUUCACUGUAUGUUGUACUCUCUAGUGCUGCUAACUUUACAAACUGCUUACAGUAACCAGGGUGCUUUUACAGUUAGCUAAGGGUGGUGUGAUAUAAACUGACUAGACACUGAAGCAGUUUGAUGUUAAUGAAACUACUUUGUGAAAGAGAAGUUGCAUUCAAGUGACAUCCAAAAUAUGAAUCACUGGUCAGUAUGAUUGAAUGUAGAAUAAAAUGUCAUUUAAAGGGGGGAUGAGUAGGAUUUUGAUCAUGAUCUGUGGCCUUUGACUUUAUCUGACCAAGUACAGCUGACCCAGUACUGCUCAUUUGUAGGACAGAUGAGGUACUGUACAGUAUUAGUGCUACAGCAAACAGUUACAGUUUAGACAAUGGAGUGCAUCCAGCUAUGUGCCAUCUAUUUGUAAUUGUCCCUUUCCUGUUUCAACAAAGCCAGGUCUAUAAAGGAAUUAUUUUCUCAGUUUAAUGUGGAAGAAGGUGACUAAUCUGCACAAAGCCCUGACCUCGACCCCACCCAUCAUGAGUCAGAGUUUAUCACCCAACAUCAGUGUUGGAAAUCAUUAAUAGUCUUGUGGCUGACUAAGAGCACAUCCCUGCCGUCAGGUUCAACAUCUGGUUAAAAGUCUGAAACCAGAAAAGUGGAGGUGGUUACAGCAUCACCUUAUUGCACAUGGUUGAGCAAUGAGAUAUACAAAUUUUUCCAGUAUCCACAUACUUCUGGCCUCAAACCACAUGUUUGUGCAUGAAGGUGGAAAAAGUUAAAAAUAUAUAAACUGUGUAUAUUUCCUUAUCUUUGUUUGGUCAGAUCUAUGAGGGGAUUUGUCACUCUAAGGAUUCAAUGGCACUCCCAGCAGGCUUCCUGUAGUGUUUAAUAAAGGUCAGAAAUCACUUAAUGCUUCUUUAAAAUGCAGGGAAUGUACAGAUAUGUGCAUGACCAGAUGCUAGUAUGUGUCUUCAUGUUCUCCUGUAUCCAUGAAACCCAAGCAUCCUGUGAUCGUUUCUAUUCAGACAGACAAAAACCUUUGUGUAGACUGUACUUCAGUCAUAUAUGAUACUGUAACUUAUACGACAAAUCCUACAUGCAGGACAGAUAAACAGCCAUGAACAGAAUGACAGUGAUUUUUCAUUGGAGUUGUUUUCACCAUUGUUCAGGGCACUGUAGAUCAGUGCAUGGUGAAUUCUUUUCCAAACAUCUAUUAUACAAAAUAGUAAAAAUUCCCUGCGGUUGUUUAAGCUCACAUUUAGAGUGAUAUGGGUCAUCGUUGUACUGUAAUUCAUUUGCUAACACUCUUUAUAAAUUUGCUUUUGCUAGAAUGUUUGAGCUGAAAGUCAUUUGGAAGUACUCAGAAGCAGUUUCCAUGUUUUCUACAAGUCAGUAUAACUCUUCAUUUCUACUGAGAACAUUUAUGUAUAUGAAGUGGAUUUUAUCAUUUGUCUGCAAAGUGAGAUGUAUACUUUCAAUCAGAAUGGGUAGUUACACUGUAAUGUUAUGUAUAUAUGUCAUGAACAGUGUUAAUGAAAAAUUAAAAU